AUGUCGUCGGUUAAAGUUGCGGUGCGUGUGCGCCCCUUUAACUCGCGCGAAAUAGCCAGAGAAUCGAAAUGCAUCAUCGAGAUGACCGGGGCUACAACGGCCAUUACCAAUCCAAAAGUUCCACCCAAUACCAGUGAUUCGGUGAAACGCUUUAAUUUCGACUAUUCCUACUGGUCUCAUGAUCCACGCGACUUGGAUUUCUCUACACAAUCAAUGGUCUACAAGGACAUUGGCGAGGAGAUGCUGCAACAUUCGUUUGAUGGCUAUAAUGUUUGCAUUUUUGCCUAUGGCCAGACUGGUGCUGGAAAAUCCUACACCAUGAUGGGCAGACAAGAGGAGCAGCAAGAGGGCAUUAUACCCAUGAUAUGUAAAGAUCUUUUCGGUCGUAUACAGGACACGGAAACCGAUGAUCUCAAGUAUUCGGUUGAAGUCUCCUAUAUGGAAAUUUAUUGCGAACGUGUCAGGGAUCUGCUGAAUCCCAAGAAUAAAGGUAAUUUAAGGGUUCGAGAGCAUCCACUUUUGGGUCCCUAUGUAGAGGAUUUGUCAAAACUGGCAGUCACCGAUUAUCAGGACAUACACGAUCUCAUCGAUGAGGGUAACAAGGCGAGAACUGUGGCAGCCACCAAUAUGAAUGAGACUAGCUCUCGAUCUCAUGCAGUCUUUACCAUAUUCUUUACACAACGUCGUCAUGAUGCUAUGACAGAUUUAAUCACUGAGAAGGUAUCGAAGAUAAGUCUUGUGGAUUUGGCUGGUUCUGAGCGAGCCGAUUCGACUGGCGCAAAGGGUACACGCUUGAAGGAAGGAGCCAACAUUAAUAAAUCAUUGACAACCUUGGGCAAAGUCAUUUCAGCUCUAGCCGAAGUGGCUUCUAAGAAAAAGAACGCUAAGAAGGCCGAUUUUAUACCAUAUCGUGAUUCGGCCUUGACUUGGUUAUUGCGUGAGAAUCUUGGUGGUAAUUCCAAGACUGCAAUGAUAGCAGCUAUAUCGCCAGCAGAUAUUAACUACGAUGAAACUCUUAGCACUUUGCGCUAUGCGGAUCGAGCCAAGCAAAUUGUGUGCAAGGCUGUGGUUAAUGAAGAUGCCAAUGCUAAACUUAUACGUGAACUUAAAGAAGAAAUCCAAAAACUACGCGAUUUGCUCAAGGCCGAGGGCAUUGAAGUGCAGGAAGAGGAUGAGAUUACCAAAUCGUCGGUAAUUAAAUCAUCCCCCACCAAGGCACGCAAUCGUAAUGGAUCGACUACAGAGAUGGCUGUGGAUCAGCUGCAGGCCAGUGAGAAGCUCAUUGCUGAACUCAAUGAGACUUGGGAGGAGAAACUUAAACGCACCGAGGAGAUACGCCUGCAACGUGAGGCUGUUUUUGCCGAAAUGGGCGUGGCUGUCAAAGAGGAUGGCAUUACGGUUGGAGUAUUCUCGCCCAAGAAGACACCACAUUUGGUUAAUCUCAAUGAGGAUCCCAAUCUAUCGGAAUGUUUGUUGUAUUACAUUAAAGAUGGACUCACUCGUUUGGGUACCCAUGAGGCAAAUGUGCCACAGGAUAUUCAAUUGUCGGGCUCGCAUAUAUUAAAAGAACAUUGCACCUUUGAGAAUCGUAACAGUAUGGUUACACUUUUACCCCACAAGGAUGCCAUUAUUUACGUUAAUGGACGCAAAUUGGUCGAACCUGAAGUUUUAAAGACCGGCUCACGUGUGAUUCUGGGUAAGAAUCAUGUAUUCCGUUUCACCAAUCCCGAACAGGCACGCGAAUUGCGUGAAAAGAUUACCGAAAAUGAGGCAGAGAAUGAGAAUGAGGAGAAAGCUGACACCCAACAGGUGGAUUGGAAUUUUGCCCAAUGCGAGUUACUUGAAAAGCAGGGCAUUGAUCUCAAGGCCGAGAUGAAGAAGCGUUUGGAUAACUUGGAAGAGCAAUAUAAGCGUGAGAAAUUGCAAGCGGAUCAACAAUUUGAGGAGCAACGCAAGACCUAUGAGGCACGCAUAGAUGCUUUGCAGAAGCAAGUGGAGGAACAAUCGAUGACCAUGUCCAUGUAUAGUAGCUACUCGCCAGAAGAUUUCCAUCAGGAGGAGGAUGUCUACACCAAUCCGAUGUAUGAGUCCUGCUGGUCGGCACGUGAGGCAGGUUUGGCUGCCUGGGCUUUCCGUAAGUGGCGCUAUCAUCAGUUCACAUCCCUACGCGAUGAUCUUUGGGGAAAUGCUAUAUUCCUUAAAGAAGCCAAUGCUAUAUCUGUGGAGCUAAAAAAGAAGGUGCAAUUCCAGUUUACCCUUUUGACAGAUACCCUGUACUCACCCUUACCACCAGAGUUAGCCUCCAGUGUAUUACCUCUACAGCAGCAAGAGGAUGAAUUUGGAGCCCCACCAGUAUCGAAAACCUUGGUAGCUGUUGAAGUAACUGAUACCAAGAACGGAGCUACUCACUACUGGUCCCUAGAAAAGCUACGCUAUCGCCUCGAACUGAUGCGACAGGUGUACAAUGUUGAAAGUCCACCAUCAUCCAUGCUAUUCGAUACGUCCAGCAUUGAGAUGACGGACGGAGGGCGGACUGGAUAUGUUGGAUUAUUGACUGAACCGCAGCAGGUGGUGUCUCUGCAGGUGGAACAGCCGCAGCCAACGCCAUCAUCACGUUUGACAUUGGCCAAUCUAAUACCCUCUAGACAACGUCUAGAGUUAAUGCGCGAAAUGUACCAUAAUGAGGCGGAGCUAAGUCCCACAUCUCCCGACUACAAUGUGGAGAGUCUUACCGGAGGGGAUCCAUUCUACGAUCGUUUUCCCUGGUUCCGAAUGGUUGGACGCUCUUUCAUCUAUUUGAGCAAUCUGCUCUAUCCCGUUCCCUUGGUCCAUAAGGUGGCCAUUGUCAAUGAACGUGGUGAUGUUCGGGGUUAUCUUAGAAUUGCAGUGCAACCUGUUUUAGAUGAAGAGUCGAUUGAUUUCAACAACGGAGUCAAGCAAUCAGCUCGUCUCAUUUUCAACGAAGAUGACGCCAAGCCCAAGUAUCGAGCUCUUAACGAAAAGGACGAUGUUCAGCGUUACAUUGAAAAUGGUGGAAUCGAUAGCAAACUUGAGGAACUUGAAGAUGCUGAUUCGGGACGUGGCAUUGAUUCCAAUUCCGCUUCGGAAUGUCACGAAAACACCGAGGAGCCAGGCGAACAUUUGCAGGUGGGCAAAGAGUUUACAUUCCGUGUAACAGUUCUCCAAGCAACUGGCAUCGGAGCUGAAUAUGCUGAUAUUUUCUGUCAGUUCAAUUUCUUGCAUCGUCAUGAGGAAGCCUUCUCUACAGAGCCGGUAAAGAACUCGGCUUCUGGAGCUCCCUUGGGCUUCUAUCACGUCCAAAAUAUAACUGUACCCGUGACCAAGUCAUUUAUUGAAUACUUGAAGACACAGCCAAUAAUGUUCAAGAUAUUUGGCCAUUAUCAGACACAUCCCUUGCACAAGGAUGCUAAACAGGACUUUGUCUCUCGUCCACCACCAAGGCGCAUGUUGCCACCAAGCAUACCAAUAAGUCAGCCAGUGCGCAGUCCCAAAUUUGGACCGUUGCCCUGUCCGCCAUCCUCAACGGUCUUGGCGAAGCAUGAUGUCUUGGUGUGGUUCGAGAUCUGUGAGCUGGCCCCCAAUGGUGAAUAUGUACCAUCGGUGGUUGAACACAGCGACGAUUUACCUUGCCGUGGGCUUUUCCUGUUGCAUCAGGGCAUACAGCGUCGGAUUCGCAUAACAAUUGUACACGAACCCACUCCAGAGGUUAAAUGGAAGGAUAUUAAUGAAUUGGUGGUAGGUCGCAUACGCAAUACUCCCGAAUCAUCGGAUGAGCAAGAUGAAGAUGCUUGCGUCUUGUCAUUGGGUCUGUUCCCUGGCGAGGUUUUGGAGGUGCCCGGCGAUGAUCGUUCCUUCUAUAGAUUUGAGGCGGCUUGGGACUCGAGUUUGCAUAAUUCGGCUCUUCUGAAUCGUGUCUCUCAAGGUGGUGAAACUAUUUACAUAACGCUUAGCGCAUAUUUGGAGUUGGAAAAUUGCGCACGUCCAGCGAUUAUUACCAAAGAUCUUAGCAUGGUUAUAUAUGGACGUGAUGCACGCACUGGUCCACGAUCGUUGAAACAUUUAUUCUCAGGACAGUAUCGCAAUCCGGAAGCAAAUCGCCUCUCCGGUGUAUAUGAGCUGUCGCUGCGUAGAGCAUCUGAAGCAGGUAGUCCAGGUGUUCAACGACGCCAACGCCGCGUUUUAGAUACGAGCUCCACAUAUGUACGUGGUGAAGAGAAUCUUCAUGGCUGGCGCCCACGUGGAGAUUCCUUAAUAUUCGAUCAUCAAUGGGAAUUGGAAAAAUUGACACGUCUGGAGGAAGUAGGACGAAUGCGUCAUUUGUUGUUGCUACGUGAGCGCCUGGGUAUGGACACCAAUCCAAAUCCAACCACAAAAACCGAAAAGGAUGUUUGCAAUUUGGCUGCCCGGGCAGCUACAUCGCCCGUGCACAUGGUCAUACCACAAUCGCCGCAGACUCCUGUCAAAGAUCCGCAACAAAUUGUCCCAGAGCGAGAGUACAACCAGCGUGAGCAGGAUCUCAUGCUUAAAUGUUUGAAAUUGGUACAAGGACGCUACAAUAAGAGUGAUCAACCCAGCGAUUCACAGACCCAAUCCGAUGUAUCGCCAAGUGAUGAAGGUUGCGCCGACAUGACCGUUAGCUGCAUUUCCAGCAACUCAAUGGAAAACAACAAAUUUGUAAUUCGACGCAGAUUAUGUUCACCGGAUCGCGCCGAUGCGCCCAAUGGAUGGGAGGCUCCAGCUCCCGCUACUCAACCAGCUCUUCCAUUGCGUUUGUAUGUGCCAGAGCUUGAGGAGAUUCGCGUUAGUCCUGUGGUGGCACGUAAGGGUCUAUUGAAUGUGCUCGAGCAUGGUGGUUCCGGUUGGAAGAAGCGUUGGGUGAUUGUGCGACGUCCUUAUGUGUUUAUCUAUCGCUCGGAAAAGGAUCCUGUUGAACGGGCAGUUCUUAAUUUGGGCACUGCCCAAGUGGAAUGCAGUGAGGAUCAAGCUGCCAUGGUUAAAAUACCCAACACAUUCAGUGUGGUUACUAAACAUCGUGGCUAUUUGCUGCAGACUUUGGGUAACAAGGAAGUACACGAUUGGCUUUAUGCCAUAAAUCCUCUAUUGGCUGGACAGAUCAAAUCGCGUCUGGCUCGUCGUACUUUGGAGCCGGCUUCCCAGACAGCUUCACAGAUUCAAGCCACCAGUGCAACCAAUCCAAACAAUGCGAAUAAAUGAGAUACAAUUACGAUGGAAUCCGUUUUGGUUUACUGAGACGAAGGCUAUGGCUGGCUGCAGCGUCUGAGUUUGGCCAGGCGCCGUUUGUGGGCGAUUCAACGUCAACGUUUGCAUCCAUGUCCACGUCAAGAACAGCAGCUGGCAACUACAACAGCAGAUUGAAACUGGAUUCCAUCGGAGAUUACAUAAAGAGUAUAACAAUAAAAACAAUAGAAAUUUCGAAAAAAGAAAAGAAAGAAAACACAAAAUGCAAACGUACGUAAUUUUUAAGUAGUGCAACGUGUUUAUUAUACAUUUUAUUAAUAUGUUAUUAUUAUUAUUAUUAUUAAAAUAUUAUUAUAAUUACUAUUUUGUUGGCAGCCACAAGAAAAAGUAGGUUUUGCGAGAAACUAGAAUUGAAAAUAGAUUUGCUGACCUACUUUACAAAAUUGUCCAAAACAUAUAUACCAUGGACACAUAUAGAAAUAUAUAUAAACAAUAA